UGUUCAGUCUUUCGCGUCGGUUUUGAAGUCAAUCGGAAGCAAUUGUAUGACCCCGGAAGUGAACUCAUGGAGCUGCUCUGUUUUGCGCGAGCAACAACAUUUUUGAAUAAAGUGUGAAAGGAAUUUUACAAAAAUGGGAGUAACCUGGGUGUGUCAGGUGCCGGUGGUGGAGGGAAAGAGUGUCCAGCAGACUGUGGAGCAGCUGCAUAAGAGACUGGAGCAGCUCGGGGCAGUGAAACAUGGCAGCUUCUUUGUGGACUGUGAGACGUAUCACGCUACAACAAACACUGGAGCUCAGCCUUCUAAGCUCCUGUACGUUAUGCAUAACUCCGAGACGCCCCUUAGUUGUCUGGCUCUAUUUGAUGGCGGUCCCACGCUGGCAGCGGACGCUAACUUCGAUGUGCUCAUGGUGAAGCUGAAGAGCCAUUUUCAGAACGCUAAAGGCCACAAGGUGGAGAGCCGUGGAGCUCGUUACCGCUACGCAGACUUCCUGAUAAAGGUCGGAACGGUAACCAUGAGCUCCAGCGCUCGGGGGAUUUCAGUGGAGGUGGAGUACUCAGCUUGUGUGGUUCCCGGUGACUGCUGGAACCUGAUGAAGGAGUUCAUGCAGAGUUUCCUGGGCUCCAGUGUUCCAGACCUGCCCUCUGUGUACAGCAGUAAAGCCGAGGGUCUGUUCGCUUCGGCCGACUGCAUGGACACCAUGAACCAGUACCUCGAGCUCUUCAGCAAAAUCCGCAAACAGCAGGUGCUACCGGGGACUGGUGUUCGCUGACGCACACACACACACACACACACACACACACACACACACACACACACGAGUCCAGGCUGGAAAGAAGAAACCACACACACAACCACCCUGCAGUGGAACAGAAGUCUUUCAGCUGUAGAUCAGGAACAGGAGCUGGUGUGUCAGCUGUGUAUAUUCUUCACUUGUUAAAGACUGAAUGUGCUGAAAUAAAGGACACAGUGGAAUCACA